CCGGCAGUGCGGUUUAUUUAGCAAUAUUGAGUGCUUUAACUAAAAAACCCAAUUCCGCUCAAGUGGCAGCGACCGGAGCCAUUGCCGAAGAAUUAACCAAAGGCAAAAUUAAUGACCAAGAAGUUAGUUUAGAAAAAGGAGCCAAUUUGCCGAUUUCAGGACUAAAAGAAAAAAUUGCUGCUUGUGUGAAAAAAGGAAUUAAUAAAUUAGUGCUUUCCAAAUAUCAGUCUUCACCAAAUAUUUUAUCCGAACAAAGAGAUUUAGUAAUUCCCCAAGAACGCGGGGUUAAAUCUAUCUUAGUCUGGAAAAACUUAUUUAUGAAUAAAUUAACUGUUUUUGACACGCAUUGCCAUUUAGCCGAUGGAGAAUACCGCAAACAAGACCGGAACACCAAAGAAAUUAUUCAAGAAGCCGAAAAGGCGGGGGUAAAAUACAUUCUCAAUACUGGGCAAGACAUGCCAACCAACCAAUUACUACUUAAACAAUUAGAAGAAUUUCCUAAUUUAUAUGGUGCUUUGGGUUUACACCCGAAUAGCAAUGAAGAUUUAAAAGAAGAAAAUUUACAGUGA